CUUUCUAAUGAUUUUCGUUAAUUAUUAUGAUGUGAUAAAUAUAUAGUGGCGUGGCAACCAAUACAAUUUUUUGGGCUAAAUUACACAUUUGGUCACUCGAAUUACAUAAAUAUUGCACGUUUGCCACCCGGAUUACUUUUCUUUCUUAUUCGCCACUAACUUUACGAAUUGUUUCAACGUUAGUCACCGGCCGUUAAUCUCCGUCAGAUUCCGUUAACUCCGUCAACUUUUUGAUGAUGUGGCAAACAGAACUACUGAGUGGGCUCACAAAAAGGCUGAGUCAUACAAAUUGACCGCCUAGUCAGCCUCAUCCAAUCCAAUUGACCAAAACUUAAUAUUUAAUUUUUCUACAUUUUCUUAAGAGCUAAAAUGAAAAAGAAAAUCAAAUCACAAUCCUCAUCCCCUCUUUCGUCUUACCCUUCCACGUCUUCUUCUCCUCCACUCGCCGACGUCCGAAUCAUCUGAAAGAAAUCCCCAAACCCUCGAGACCUCCUCUCAACCUUCCUCUGUUCUUUGUCCAGGAAGCGCCACUCCGUCGCCGUGUUGAUCGCGGGCAACAACAUCAAGCUCGCCUCUGCCAGAUCUGGGAGCGUUACCGCUAGCUGUGGAUCUCGCAAUUGAAGCUGGUGUUGGGGAUCCCGCCAUCUCCCCCACAGCCGAUGCCACCUUAUGUGAAGCUAUCUUCCCUCGCAGGUCCCAUCCAUCCGAGCUUAGGCAACAUCCAUCUCGCUUCCGUCUCCCUAUCCAGCAAUCACCUCGAUGUCUCAAUCCCUCCUUCAUUGUCGACCCUCCAAACCUCCAGCUCCUCUCGAAAUUCCCUUACCAGAACCAUCUUCGUCCCUAAAUCACUCAAUCUUGCAUUGGUACAGUCUAUCGACCCCAGCCACAACUUGCUAUCCGGCCAAAUCCCUACCAGCAAAAUCUCGAGUAGCUUGCUGGCGGUUAAGAAGCUGAGCGAUGCCAACUUCAAGGGUAACAUACUCUAUGGAGAGAUUUCGCGUGCUGCUUCGGUUUCACCGGCCUGUUCAGCUUCCCCACCUCGGAUGGAAUCGAUGACUUCUCAAACAUCCCUUCCUUUUCUAUCAUCAUCACCCCUUUGCGUCCAAUUCGCCGUCUAUUGUGGAGGGGGAUGAGUCGUCGUGGUUGAGAUUGAAAUUGAGGGCGGCGGAGGAAGGGGAUUUUUGUUGUGGGCAAUAGAGUUUGAUGGUGGCGAGCGACGACGACGGAUCGUCUCCGCCCCUCUUUCUCUCUGACCCGGAUCCCCAAUUCCCCAAUUCGAAAGACGCGACUUCUGAGAGAGAACGGUGUUCUGAGGCGGAGGAUGGCGACAAUUGGUUCAAGGGCGCGGGAUUAUCUGGCCUCCGUUACUACAUGAGUCAGCUUAGACCCGUCGGUGGUUGUAGCCGGCGAGGCAGUGGAAGGCGAUGGCUCCAUUUCACGAGGUCGGCGAUGGAUGGAAGAGGAAAGGGAAUUUAGAAAUGGAAGUGUUAAUUGGGUUGGGUGAGGCUGACCAGGUGGUCAAAUUUAUUAUUUUUUUUAAAAAAAAUUACAUGUCACU